AUAUUUCAAAAAGCUAUUAAUGAGCCCAAAUUCACUUCAAUAUACGCCCAGUUGUGUUCGAUACUUAGUUCUAAUGCGCCCAACUUCGAGGUAGACGGUAGUCCGCAAUCGACUUUUCGCAUUCUUUUGCUUAAAUAUUGUGAGAAUGAGUUCAAAGCACGCAACCACAUUUCCAGCGAUUGUCCAGUGGCCCGUCAAAAGUGUCUGGGAAACGUCCGUUUCAUUGCUGAGCUUGGCCAUCUCUCUCUUGUGCCUGAGAAAGUACUUCAUGACUGCGUACGAGAGCUGCUGUCUGGUCGGCUACGGUCGCCUAACAACUCUGAACACGGUGGUGGCUCUGUCUCUCCUGUGGACUCUUCCACCGGUGGAGGAGAUAGGAAAGCUAGGGAGGAGUCCUUGGCACUUGAUAUGGAAUGCCUUUGUCUAUUCAUGAAAGUUGCUGGCAAGUAUAUGGAUACACCGAAAGCCCACAACCUAAUGGAUCAAUACUUCAAACGGUUGCAGCGCAUUUUAUCGCGCGCAACUGCAGCUGCUACCAACUCUGAUGGAGCUAACACGAAUGAAUCCUUAAUCGGGGUAAACAGCCGUCCGAAGCGAGUCGGUGAUGGAGGUAAAGGCACUAUGAAANGCAUUGCCGGCCCGUGUCCGGUUCAUGAUCGAUGA